AUGUAUACAUAUCUACAUAUUAUCUCAUAUAUGGUACCAGAAAAUGGACUACCCCGAAGGCUACGCACAGCAUAUACAAAUACACAACUUUUAGAACUAGAAAAAGAGUUUCACUUCAAUAAGUACCUAUGCAGGCCGAGAAGAAUUGAAAUAGCUGCUUCCCUUGACCUUACAGAGAGACAGGUCAAGGUAUGGUUUCAAAACAGGCGCAUGAAACAUAAAAGACAAACAUUAAGUAAAAGUGAAGAUGGCGAUGACAAAGACUCAACUACCUCUGAAGGGGGCAAGAGCAAAACGGGCAUGGAAAAGUUUACAGAUGAUGAUGGCCCUCUAUCUGGAAAGAAGAGCUGCCAGGGUUGUGAACUUCCUCCCGGCGCAUUACUAUCUCCUACUGAAGAUAUACCCGAGCUAACAUCGCGUACAAGAAAUAAUAACACGCCAAGUGCUACCAACAACAAUAGUUUUGCUAGCGACGGUGCUUCGAGUGUAGCAUCUUCUUCAUCUCUGGACAAACUAGCCGAAGAAGAUUCGAGAGAUUCACAUCCUCCUAAUGUCUCAACAGUCCCUAGAAAUUUAGCAAAGAGAAUAAAACAGGAAUCACGGAAACGUUCGCCAUCUCUGGACGCCGUUGGUUGCAAAAUAUCUCCAUCGUCCUCUAAAGAUGGGCUCAUGGGCAUGGCGGGCCUGACAGAUGGCGGAAAGUUUUCAUCUGUGAACCUUACACCAUCAUCAACACCCGGCACACCGUCUAGUAUGCAUCAAAGUCCCCUUGGACACUAUCCGAGACCUUCGCCGCCAAACGUUCCACCCGGACCUCCUCACCAAUCGGUUCCAAAUGCUCUUCCUCCCUACGUCAUCAGAGGCAAUGCUCCUCCAGGCCAGUUUCUACCACAUCCUGAUUUCCGUAUGGACAGCAAGCAAUUCGUAGGUAAAUUAACACAGUAUUCUCAAGGUAGUCGAUCAUACGAUAGCUAUGCUACAGCUUUACAAGGAAAUGAACAAAACCCGUACUCACGGAACAAUCAAAAUGCUAGACAAGACAACUCACCGACAACGAGGCCUGCCAACGGAAUAUCGACAAAACAGGCCUAUCCUCAUGAGAUAUAUCAAAAUUAUGGGUACUCUGGUUACAACAAAGAACAAGUUGGAUAUGGACAUCCAGGUUAUGAUCAAGCUCAAGCAUAUCCAAACGAACACAUGGCAUACGCCAAUAGCCAUUACGGAUAUCAUUACCAAGAAAGUAGUCCAAAUGACCAUACCCAUAGUUAUUAUGUUGGCGACGGACAGAAAGCACAUAGUAAUGAUUACGGUAAAAGUUCAUUUUACGACGCAGCUACUUAUCAAUCAGGAAGCCAAAGCAAUGGGACUGGUACAGGAUCAUACACAGGUAUCCAGGCUGGCGCAGAAGGAUACGCUGGUGCCAAUGAAUGUAACGAUAACUAUAGCUCCUUUCAACAGUUUUACGAAGCAUCCCAUGCCGCUCCUGCGACAGGUGAUAAUUCUAACUCUUCAUCUGAUUUCCACUUUCUAAGCAACCUCGCUAACGAUUUUGGUCCAGAAUAUUACACCAUUUGA